CAUUUGUGUUCAGCAGGAUAGUCGCUUCAACCCUCGAGAGAAAACAAAUCGUAGUUAACGUUCAUUUUUGUGGAUUUUUCGGACGUUUUAACUGAAACGAUGGGGAGCGACAGCACGGACAGACCCGCUCGCUGAGUUUAUAGUAAUGUAUGGAGGAUACGCGGCUCUUUUUGGACCUUAAUGCCAAGUUAGCCGACCUGUUUCGUGUGCCAUGUGGGAGUAAACCUUCCCCAGGAGGUGCCAUGCUAGCCACACAGAUGCCUGAUACGCCACCUGAGGCUAAAGAUGUCAAACAGAUCAAAGAGAAGUUGGCGCAGUCGCUCAAGGCCCUGCAGAAACGAUACGUGACGUCAGACGCAGUGGUAACCAGCGAGGAUGGUGAUGCUAACCUGCUCUGUUGUGCCCUGGAGGCCAUCUUUAUCCAUGGUAUCAAGAGCAAGUACAUCCGCUCAGAGGCUGGGGGUCGAUCUAGGAAGGGGGACCGGGGAGCCCUACCUCAGCCGUUUUUCUGGAGCCUCCUCAAGUCCGUCACCCACCGUGACGUCAUCACAGAGCUAGAGAAGAUCAGCUUCGUGGGCACUGACGUGGGUCGAUGCCGAGCAUGGCUUCGUCUGGCCCUAAACCACGGCCUGCUGGAGUGUUACCUCGCGUCGCUGUUUCGGGAGGACUCCAAGCUGCGGGCCACUAUCAGCCCUGUGCCUUGCUCCUGAACGCCGAGGAGCGGGACGUUCUGCUCAGCUACCUCCAGGGUCUGGCCUCGCUCACAUUCAACCUGUCGUACAAGU